GGCGUCACGGUGGCCUGGCCCUUCCCGCUGGGACGCGGCCUGUGGCGCCAUCUUUCCCAGCUCGGCCGUGGGAGCGAUCACGGGUCAGUUGUGGGGUCUGGGGACCGAGGAACGCGGAGAGCCCAGCCUGUCCGCACCGUCCGGAGGUGCCGUGCGGGGCGGGGCAGGGCGCGGCGGGUGCGACCCCAGGCAGCUUUUCCUUGGGGCGGCGCAGGGCCCCCAGGAGCGCGAUGGACUCCGGAGCUCGCCCCGCGGGUGGCAGCUGUAGCAGUCCUGCCGGGCUGUCCCGGGAGUACAAGCUGGUGAUGCUGGGUGCCGGCGGUGUGGGCAAGAGUGCUAUGACCAUGCAGUUUAUCAGCCACCGAUUUCCCGAAGACCAUGACCCUACCAUUGAAGAUGCUUAUAAAAUCCGGAUCCGUAUUGACGAUGAGCCUGCCAAUCUGGACAUUUUGGAUACAGCUGGACAGGCAGAGUUUACAGCCAUGCGGGAUCAGUACAUGAGGGCAGGAGAAGGAUUUAUUAUCUGUUAUUCUAUCACGGAUCGCCGAAGUUUCCAUGAAGUUCGGGAGUUUAAACAGCUUAUUUAUCGAGUUCGACGUACUGAUGAUACGCCAGUGGUUCUUGUGGGAAACAAGUCUGACUUGAAACAGCUAAGACAGGUCACCAAGGAAGAAGGGUUGGCUCUGGCCCGAGAGUUCAGCUGUCCCUUUUUUGAGACUUCUGCUGCGUACCGCUACUACAUUGAUGAUGUUUUCCACGCACUUGUCCGGGAAAUACGUAGGAAAGAAAAGGAGGCAGUACUGGCCAUGGAGAAAAAAUUUAAACCCAAAAGCAGUGUCUGGAAGAGGCUGAAGUCCCCAUUCCGGAAGAAGAAGGAUUCAGUAACUUGAAGGGAAGGCUUGGAGUGCUUACCUGUGAACUGCAGUGCUUAAUCCAAGCAGCCCAGUAGCCUGCAGUAGUGAGCAUGGUACUUGCUCUUUCUCCUGUUAAUGACCGUUAUUUUUAAAGUAACUGAUGAGGGGGACAUGGCUACUAGGAGUUUCCAAUGAUGUGGCAUUUAAAGUAUUGUUUCUUAGUUGAUUCUGAUCUAUUAACCAGCAGAGCACUGUCUGCUUUUCAGUUGUCACAUUAGAAUUUGAUCUACCACUGUUGGGGUCAUGUUGCUGAUAUUAAUCCAUGUGAAGCGCUUAUACCAGGAGAGCGUGCAGGCCCUGGGUGUUUGACCAAGUGCACAGUGAGUCUUGUGCUGUGUAGCCCUGUCGGUCUUCGCCCUCCAUUCCUGGGACUGUCCCAGAGGAGGGCCUCAGUCUGCUUUCUGCACGGUGCUUCCUGGAGACAGAAGGAAAACUCUGAAAGGAAAUCAGUGCUAACAAGAUCAGUGCCAAAGCCCAGCAACUAGCUGUGGAGCUGGCUCCUGCUGCAGCCCGUGGAGCGGUGAGAGUGGGGAAGCUGGGCCGUGUUCUUACAGGGACUUGCAAGGGCCCAAGCCGGAUGAGCCUGGCCUUUCUGAGGCAUGCACAUUUGCCCCGAGGCGCAGAGGUGGGUAAGAACGGACAGGCGCCUGUAAAGUACAGUGAUGGUUUCUUGCAGGAGGCUAUUUUACUGUUCAGGGUAUGCUUUCUUCCUGCUUCAAAGGUAAACAUUUGGGAGCCAUUGCUGGGUUGCUAACUUGUUUAAGUCCUUAGUCAGGAGAGCCAGCGCCUUGAACAGAUUUGUGUCCCCACAGAUGCACACGUCAGUACACAAAUUGCUUCCCAGUGCCUGCCCUUCCUUUCUCUUUGCUCUUUAGAAACUUUAGGGCUGACAGAGUGGUUUUUAGGCCCUUCCUUUGACUGACUGCAUUUUCCACAUAGAAGAAACAUCAGGAGUUUGAAUAUGUUAUGUAUGUGUCUCCUUGACAUCAAAGUCAUUAGACUCAGGAUUCUAAGCACACCUGUGGCCAGGCAUGGUGCACGCCUGUAAAUCUCAGCACCGGGGAGGCUGAGACAAGAGGACGGCCUACCUAAACUACAUCGUGAGACCCUGUCUCAAAAAACCAAAAAAGAAAAGAAAGCCUAUGGUUUUUCUGUUUAUUGGGGAGGGGGGUCAGUCUUAAAGCUUUAAUAUUCACAUACAGUUUGUAACCUGAAGAUUUCCUUAGAAAGACCUUACAAAGUUCACCUCAGGGUUAUGUGAGCCUUGACAAAGUUUAGACUAAGGAAAAAACCACUUGGCUCCAUGUACAUGUUGAGAAGCUGUAGUCCCAGAAAGCAGCUUUCACUUGGUGCUGAGAGCUCUGUGGUCAACACCUGUGAGUGGAGAGCGCGUGUGGAAGGACUGAGAGCAGCACAUCCCGUGCUGAGAAUUAAAUACUACUGACACAGCAUUUGUCUGCUUUAAGCUCUCAGACAACUUUCUGCGACACCCCUGGAAAAGCACGUGGCUGAACUUGUUAUUUUCCAUUGCUAUUAAAAGCAAGAAGACAGGGUUAUUGUGUUUUUCUAUAUAAAUCAAUGGUCUAUGGUCCAGAUUUAAAGAAAAGUGACUGGCAGAGCUUUUUUUUAAGCUCUGAGUAGUGGUCCCUUUUCAAACUCCUGAAACCCUUUUGCCACCAGAUCAAUCCCGUUUCUGGUACUCAGCCCGUCUAAAUGCGAGUUGAGCCUGUGCAGGGUGUCUCACAGGGACCAUGGCGCCGGGAGAGUCCUGGAAGCAGAAAAGAAAAGACAGCGCAGCCUAUUACGGUAUUAUACCUUGUCUAAACCGGUUUAGACCCUUUACCUUUCAUGCCUUACCUUCUCGUUACUAAUGACCUAGGGAAUUGUCAUUAGCACCAAGCAAGAAAGUGUCAGUUUUAUAAUUAUUGAAGAUAUCAAGGCAAGAACAUUUCUGGCAAGAAGGACCUGUAAGAAGUGAAUUUGUACACCAUAUAGGAAAAGAAAGUGUUUUUGAGACUGUGACCUUUGGAUAAACUAAUCCCUUAGUGCUGAGUCGGAUUGUGCUAGAUGGUUAGCACUAGGCGGUUUCAGGGUGUAAGUCGUAGCUUUAUUCUUAGUGACCAGAGUGUAGGUAAUUUAUGAGCUCUGAGUAAUCUCCUUUGUCCAGUUUGUGGGCAUUAACAUUAAUUACCACCUGGAACUUCAAAGAGAAAAAUUCAAGGCCGAGUUGAAAGACACUGGAACUAUACACACUGGAUCAGUACGCCAAGACUCAAAAGCUAAAGCUGGAUGGGGUGGCACGCGUCUGUAAUUCCUGCACUUGGGAGUCUGAAAUAGAAGAAUCAGGAGUUCAAGGCCAGUUUGGACUAAAAACCAAAACAAAACAUUGAAAAGCUAGUGUCUAGAAUCAGCUGUUCAGAAUCCAGAAGGGGCGGGCUGGGGAUUUAGCUCAGUGGCACAGCACCUGCCUGGCAAGUGCAAGGUUGUGAGUUCGAUUCCCCGCACCAGAGAAAAAACAAAAAAAAAAAAAACAAAAAAAACCAGAAUACAGAAGGGACCGGUGAUGUAUUAGCAAAGUGGGCCCACUGUGGUGUUUGGGAAGAGGGGAGUUUUCCCCUCAUGCACUUGUAUAUGAAGACAGUUUGUAUGACACAAUACAAAACUUUUAAACAA